GGGCAGAAGGAAGGAAGAGGAGCAAAGGGCACAAGGGUUCUGUGGUGGGACUAGAUGACCCUUGAGGGCCCCUCCAACUCUACAAUCCUAUGGUUCUGUGAAAUGAGCCACGGCAAAAUGCAUCCAGAUAUGCCACUGCUGGGGCACCUACACAGAUCCCCCCUGCCGCCCCCAGCAAAAAGAAUUGGACAAUGCCAGCCUCAACCAGCGGCUUGUGCUGUUGAGCAGCCAGGUGCAGGAGCUCAGCGCCCCCAAGGACCUGGAUGCCAACUCGCUGGCUGCCCUCCAGAAGAAACUUUGGGACCUGGAGUCAAGAGCCUCUGAGCAGCAGAAGGAGCUGAGCUCCCAAGCAAGCACCAUUGAACAGCUGGAACAGCUUCACCUGAUACUUGAACUGGAAAUUGAGAGGAUGAAACAGCUUCACCAGAAGGAGCUGGAGGACAAGGAGGAAGAGCUGGAGGAUGUUCGGCAGUCCUGCCAGAAAAAGCUGCGUCAGCUGGAGAUGCAGUGUGAGCAGGAGGGCGAAGAGAAGCAGGCAAUUCUCUGUGAGAAGCGGGACCUGGAAGGGCUGAUUGCCACACUCUGUGAACAGAUUGGCCAUCGAGAUUUUGAUGUGGAGAAGCGACUCCGGCGUGACCUGAAGAGGACUCAUGCUCUGCUGGCUGACAUGCAGCUCCUGCUGGAGACCUCAGGGGCAGAUGGAGGGUCAUCCGGGGGCAGGGAGGAGCUGGAGAAGCUUCGUAGCAAGGUUGAUGAGCAAUUAUACCAGCUCCAGCAUGAGAAAGCGGAUCUCCUCAAGCGCAUUGAUGAAGACCAGGAGGAUCUGAAUGAACUGAUGGCCAAGCACAAGGCCUUAAUUGCUCAGACUCAGACCACUGCCGUGCCUGACAUUCCACCAACUCCGCUUGCGGAGGUUCCAGCCACAGCAGCGGAUCCAGGGGACUUGGUUUCAAGGCCACCUAGGGUCGCUCCACAGCCUCAGCAAGAAUCGGGCAGCCCACCAGACCUGGGUACCGCUCCCCGGCAGUCUGGCAGAGUUUCCAAGCGCCCAAUUUAUUUAAAGGACUAUGUUGUUGGGCAUGUAAUACUGUUGGUCUAAUGGAAGUAUGUGAAAUGUAACCGAUAUGCUUUUGUGCCUAAUUCAACCACGUGUAGUGCUGUAUAUAAGAAAACCA